AAAUGUAUAAUAUGCAUAAAUGAUGUGCCAGGAGUUUAAUUUAUUGCCCCUGGCUGGCAAGCUGCAGCGCUUAAUUGUGAAAGAGAGAGAGAGAGAGAGAGAGAGAGAGAGAGAGAGAGAGAGAGUGAGAGAUAGACCUUUGUCACAAUGUCAUGACUGUGAACCGCACGUUUGCCUGUUGUUGCAUACCACGCCAGAAGUUGCUAUUAAAAACAGCUCAAUUCAUUCCAGCCAGAUACAAUGUUGUGCAAAUCUAAGGACAAAAUCCCACUCUUUAUUUUCACAGUGCUGUUGCUUCAGCUUAUAUCCAGGACUGCUGUGCAGCAAUGUGUUCUUUCUCCUUGUCUCAGCGCAGUCAUGUGCCAGGAGCUGCGGUGAGAAGUUUAACACAUGCUCCUGUCAUGCAGCAUGUGAAUCUCUGGAGGAAUGCUGCGCAGAUUAUAAACAGUUUUGCCUUGACAUUGAACCACACUCCGGAUCUUUACUGGGAGGAACUGACUUUAAAAUUCUUAACGUCACAUUUGAGCAAAACAUUAACCUCACUUGUAGGUUCAAGUCAGAGAUUUUGACCGAGGGCUACGUGGAUGUGAACGGCGAGGGUCACUGUAUCUCUCCUAUGCUGUAUGAGUCGGGCUGGAUCCCUUUUGAUGUCACUACAGAUGGAGUCAACUAUGACAGAGCAGGGAGAUGGCUCUCAGUCCAUCACAGUAAGCUGGGCCCUGCUUACAAGAUAAUUCUGGGCAACGCCACACAGUGGCAGUACUAUGGCACUCCUAACGUCAGCGGGGAUUUACAGAUGUUAUGGAAGCCAUCUCUAAUAAAAGCAGAGAGAUUGAACAUCGAGCUGUGGGGUUACAAUGAGACUGGAGAGGCAUAUUCUGAUAACUGGAAGGCAGAGUGGAAGUAUCUGUACACUGUGGGCAGAGAUGUACUCAACAGUGGCGUUUUCAGUUUCACCCCAAUGCCCACAGAAAAGCCUUACUCACUCUGGGACUUGGGAAGCAUGCGGGUCAGCCCGAGCACCAAACCAGAUGGAGCUCAGGAUGUUAAUGCCAUGUGGAGUGAAGCACAGGCAUUGGCCUGGCAUCUAGAGGAGGCGUUCCGAAAGGACUCAGAAAGCUGGGCCCAGUUUAAGUGUCUCAUUUGGGAUAAAGAGGAGAAAGCAUUGCCCAGCUUCCAGACGGAGAUCAUUGAUUGCCCCUGCACGCUGGCCCAGGCUCGCGCUGACACUGGAAGAUUCCAUACUGAUUAUGGAUGUGAUAUGGAUGCAGGCAGUUUCUGCAUCUACCAUCCAGGUGCCAUCCACUGUGUCAGAGCCAUACAGGGCAGUCCUCAGUAUGGUGCCGGUCAGCAGUGUUGUUAUGACCGCACUGGAGCUCAAGUGCUAACAGGGGACUCUAUUGGUGGCAGCACACCAGAUCGAGGGCAUGACUGGGGGUCGCCACCGUACAAAAAUCCCCCUAGAGUUCCAGGAUUCUCACACUGGAAGUAUGACGUGAUCAGUUUCUACUACUGCUGCCUGUGGUCAGAUAACUGUGAGUACUACUUCACUCACCGACCAUCCAGCGACUGCAGAAUGUAUCGUCCUCCUAGAGCAGCUGCUGUUCUCGGUGACCCCCACUUCAUGACUUUUGAUGACGUGACUUUCACUUUCAAUGGGAAAGGAGAGUACCAUCUUGUGCAGUCCUCAAUCUAUCAGCUGUCUGUGCAAGGCAGGACUGAGCCAAUGAAAUUCGAGAAUGGUUCUCUUGCUAUGGCAACCCGGCUCUGUUCAGUCGCCAUGAGAGAGAAAGACUCUGAUAUCAUUGAGGUGCGUCUUGCAGACCAAUCCGAUCAUCUACAGGUGUUAAUGAACCAAGAGGUGCUUUCUUUCUCUGAGCAAAAAUGGAUAGACCUAAAAGGUGUUUUUAUUUUUUCCCCUAAACCUGCUAAUGUGACUGUGAUGUUUCCGUCGGGGGCAGGAGUAGAGGUCAGGGGAGUUGGAGGGGUCAUGAGUCUUACCGUUCUACUGCCCCAAGACUUUCACAACAACACUCAAGGGCUGCUUGGUAUAAUGAAUGAUGACCCUGAAGAUGAUUUCACCUCUAGUAAUGGUGUGAUCAUUCCUCCAAACAGCAGUGCACAGGACAUAUUCACCUAUAGUGCUGGCUGGGCCAUUACGAAUGAAACUUCACUGUUUACAUAUGACUCAUCGCACCUCCUUAAUGAAUAUUAUUAUGCGCCGAAGCAUGAUCCAUCUUUUAUCCCAAACUUUUCUGUGACUGAGGACCCAGAGGAUCCAUUGCUGGAGGCAACGUUGAAGAUGUGUUCAGGAGAGGGGGAGCAGUUCUGUAAAUAUGAUUCGCUGAGUAUGCGUAGUCUGGAACAAGGUAAUAGCACACUGCUGUUGUACCGGAGUCACACAUCCGCCAAGAAAGCUCUGAAACUUGUGCAGUCGUGUGGCUGGUUAUCUCCACCUUACCAUGGUCAGAAGGAAGGAACCUUUUACCUAGAGAACGCGACUGUCAAGUUCACAUGUAACAAUGGUUACCAUCUCUAUGGGUCCCAAGAACGCACCUGUCAGGGGGACGGCAUGUGGUCUGGACAGGAUACACACUGUGUGAAGGAUAAUACUCUGGCCAUCAUUCUGGGCAGUAUUGGUGCUGUGUUGGCUGUGGUUGUCAUGGUGAUGGCAAUCGUCAUUCACACAAGGAAUCAGAAGAGAAAGACAAUAAGACAGCAUGAAGACAAGGUGAUCUAUCAGCAACACGCUUCAAACCUAUGAUGUUCAUAACGUUUAGCUUAUGUAGAACAAAUGAAGAUCCUUAUACUUUUGUAAAUAGAUUUAAUUAGAAAAGUAUCAGAAUAAGCUUUAAUCUGAAGUUUUAAAUUGCAUACUUAUUGACUGUAGACAAUUGUUUAGCUCUUCCUAGAACACCAGCUGACAUUGCUGCUAAUGUCAUAUUCUCUGCAUUUCACUAUAAUUAUUAUAUUUUUGAAGGUAUGAUAGUAACAGCAUAUCAGAAACAAUCGCUCGGUUCCAAAAUCUAGAGCUGCCUACCUUGACAGCAUUUGAAGACAUCAUAGGGACACUCCUUUCUAGGGGUUGGCGAUAUACCGCUAAAAAAAUGUCAACAGGUAAACAUGUUCGAGUAUUGUCUCUAUUGCAGUUAUGCAAAAUGCUGCAUCAUGGUAGGGAAUGUGUAUUCCAAUUAGAGGGUGUGCUACAAAUAAUAAUUAUAAUCAUUAUUUAAUUGUUAUGCAUCAUUAGUUACGUUUGCCUUAUUUUGCAUUAAAAUGUGCCUUUUUCCACGCUGCCUUAGAUGAGACGCCCAUAAAGCAUGCAGGCAGAGCGAGCGAGAUAGAAAGUGGAGACACGUAAAGAUGGUUACAAUGAAAACGAAUCGUUCUAUUUCAUGCCCUCUAAAUGGUUUUCUUUCCUGAUUUUUUAUUUUUUUAAUUUUAUUUUUAAUUUGUCAAAAUAACGGUGUGGCAUGGGGACGUGGUCAUGUGUUGUUCUGUGGGAGAGAGAGAGAGAGAGAGAGACAGGUGUUAGGUUUAAUUAUGAACCAGGUGAUAAGUCUUUCCGCUCUCUCUCUCCUGCAGACCGACACAUGACCACGUCCCCACGCCACAAACAAACAGCAUUUUGCAACUGGUAGAAUGUGGUGCUUGCAACAUCAAGAUCAUGGGUUCGAUUCCAAGGUAACACACGCAAACUGAUCAAUUGUAUACAUUGAAUGUGCUGUAAGUCGCUUUGGAUAAAAGCGUCUGCCAAAUGCAUGAAUGUAAAUAAAAUAUUGGAAUAUACAUUUUUGCCUAUAUCGCCCAUGCAUGCUCCUAACACAUAGUCCAUCCCAAAAGGUAGGCAACAAAAUGAUGUUGCCUUCUAAGAUACUUCAUUGGCCAAAUUCUUGGGCAGCUUUACAGAAUGCAAUCCUAAAAUUAAUUCAUUCUAGAUGGCAGAUGGACUUGAAAUGUUGACUAUAAAUAUGCUUAAAAUUCAGUCAAACCUGAAAAUUGUUGAUGAAAAUGGUUCAAUAAUUUACUUAUUAUUUAUGUUAUGCCCUUUAUGCUUUUUACUGUGCCAUUACCUUAGCAAAAUGCUAACAUCAAUAAAUGGAAUCAAUUGUAAGUUGAGUCUCCCAUGAACUUGGAGAGUUACUGCCUUUGUAGAUGGUUCCAAAUCGGUCACUUAUAUUCCAUGGCCAUUAAGAUGCUACCUCUGAAGGCAGCUCACUAGUAAUGGAAACAGAGCUUUCUGAAAUUUUGUAGGUUUUCAUACACCAAUACUAGAGAAAAUUAUUGUUAGUCUAUUCUACAUUUUGUUUCAGCCAUUUAGCUAAAUUAGUUUUGAAUCACUAGCCUCAAACUGCUCAUUUUGUCUAGUUUUAAAUUCUAAAGAAACACCAUCAAAACAAGGGGGUAAGAGAAGCUGGGUUGAGAUCAGAGUUAAAGGGCAAACAUCCACUGAAAACGUAACCAUGUUCUCCUCAAAGCUAUUCAAAGGUCCCGAUGCAGAGCUUGCACUGGAUAAAAUGUUCCUUUGGAAAACAAACAUAAGGAAUGGAAUGGGAAACAGAAGGUACAUAAGGCCUAUGUCCUGAUGACUCUGAAUGAUACAGCUGGCAGUCAGUAUGUGUGGCCGCUGCUCACCCCAAUUAAAAUUAUUUGGACCACUUGAUGAGAAGUGCUUCCACCAUGUGUGUGUGUGUCAUUUGAACUGCUUUCCCGCUUACAGAUGUUCAACGUGUCCUUUGCCAAACACUGAGUUGAUAAAGUUGCAUAAUGUGAAAACACAUAACCAUUGCAGAGCUCUACACUGCCAAGGUCCCUACAAUGGAUGUGCAAAUCUACAUAUUUGAAAAUCAACUAGUUGCUGGGUAGACUUAAUGACUGUUUCACUAAUCAGUCUUAAAGAAGCCCUGUAUACUAACUAGGUUAGUUACAAGUUCACCUGACACAGAUGGGGUU